UUUCCAUACCCUCUUCGUCAUCUUCUUCUUCUUCCUCCUCCCCCAAACCCUCUUCGAAUCCAAACCCUCGUCUCCACCUCCUCUGUCGAUCUCAAUCCCAUGGGCGACGCCGCGAAGAGCGCGGCGGAGGCGGCGGAGGAGGCGGCGGAGGAGGGGCGGCGCCGCCGCCUCGUCCUCGUGGCGAGGAAGGGUGGAUUCGGCCUCCCCACCGCGUGCCCAUCGUGCCUCCCCGUCUACCUCUACCUCCGAUUGGCCCGCGUCCCCUUCGAUCUCGAGUUCGAUCUCGCCUACCCAGAUGCUGAUCAUAUUCCUUAUGUUGAGUACGGCGAUUAUGUGGCUUUCAACAGUGAGAGAGGAGGGGUGAUCGAAUGCUUAAAAGAAGACAAAAUCGUGGACCUUGACAGCUCAAAACUUGCGAGCCAUCUAAUUCCUGAAUUGUUAUCUACGAAAGCGAUGGUCACUUCAUGGCUUGCAGAUGCAGUGCAGUAUGAACUAUGGGUGGCCAUCGAUCGAAGUGUUGCCCAUAAAAUAUACUUCUCUGAUCUUCCUUGGCCAAUUGGAAAGGUUCUUCACUGGAAAAAAUCUAGAGAAGUGAAACAACUACUCAGUAUAACAAAUGUCAAUGCUGAAGAAAAAGCGGAAGAGAUUUAUAGAAACGCGAAUUCGGCUUACGAUGCUUUGUCUAUGAGGUUAGGGGAUCAGGUCUUUUUCUUCGACAACAGGCCCACAGAAGUGGAUGCUCUUUUCCUUGGACAUGCGCUUUUUGUCCUCCACGUUUUGCCGGAUACCUCUGUGCUUAGGAGCAAUCUUUUGAAGCACGAGAAUCUAGUAAAAUACGCUGAGCAUCUUAAGGUUGAUUUGUUGGAGAACGGCUCGUCGUCGUCGUCGUCAUCACUACCAAUACCCCCAUUCGAAACAUCAACAUCAUCGACGCCCAGAAGAAGGGCCUCCCCUGGAUGGAGCUCUAAGCCAAAACCGAAAACCAAAAGAGAGCGAACAGAGGAAGAGAAAACGUUCCGAAGAAGAGCAAAGUAUUUCCUCGCAGCACAGUUAGCCGCGGUUCUUGUAUUCCUAUCCCUCAUGGGAGGGGCUGACAGCUCCGAGCUCGACAACGGCGAUGAUGAGAUGGCCUACGAAGAAGAAUAGAAUCUUCCCUCUGUUGUAGUACAAUUUUAUUCGUUCUUGUCAAUUCCUCUGACAAGCAAUAACUUUUCCUUGUAGUGAGGAUUCACUGCCCCCCACCACCGCCGCCGCUUAAACAUUUCCAUAGAUUUUGCGAUUUUAACCAACUCUUUACAUCUGGAUGUUGCUCCGUUGCGACAUAUAUCAUCAUGGGUUUGAGUUACAGAAGCGGUGGCCUCUCGUGGUGAAUCGGAGUAAUGCCGCGUACGAUUCGCCCUUCGGAUAGUGAGUUUUGUGCAUUGGGUCAAGGUCACCCCUUUCUAUUUCUCAUGCUUUUUAGUAGGGUUUUUUAAAUGAAAUUGAUCUUUUGAUGAGCUUUUCUUCAACUUAAUGGGAAGGUCCAUGACUUCAUGUAUCAUGCUACAUGCAUUGAAUCUUCUUUUUAUACAUGGAUAGCAAAAUGCUCCCUACUUUGUUAGCUCUAUAAA